GGAUGUGACUCGCGCCGGAAGAGAAGAAGGUCCUUUCCCAGCCAUCUUGUGGCUUCAUCUAGCGAAGUGUUCGCACCAAGCCUCGUAGAAUCGGAGGAAAAUCCUGCUGAAGGGGCGCCAUCAUGCCCGGACAAAUGCAAGAAGGUUUUGGCUGUGCCAUAACCAAUCGGUUCGACCAGUUAUUUGACGACGAGUCGGAUCCAUUUGAGCUGCUUAAGCAGGCCGAAGUUAAGAAGAAGAAGGAGCCAGCUGCCCCUGGUGCCGCCAAGACUGCAGCCCAGGCUGCAAAGCAACCUAAAAAAGAGUCCCAAAAAGAAAGAAAGGUCCCUCUUUCUGAUAAAAAGGAGGAGAGCCAGGCACCCGUUCCACUCAAGAAAGAUGGUGCUGGCAUGAGGAGAAUGGGCCGGAAGCCUGAGGGUGAAGGCCCCAGACCUCAGGGUGGUCAGGGAGAAGGACGCCCUCCUGCAGACAGACGGCCUGUGGACAGGCGGCCACCUCGCCGCUUCGAGAGGCCUGCCGGUGAAGCUGGAGACAAGCCCGAAGGGGGCGAGUUCUCAGUGGAGAAGCCCGUCUACGAUAGGCCCAUGAGGGGGCGCGGUGGCGCCCGGGGGGGCCGUGGAGGCAGAGGGCGCGGCAUGGGUCGCAGCGAUGGCUUCGACUCCAGAGGAAAACGGGAAUUCGACCGACACAGCGGCAGCGACAAAUCUAGUCUGAAAGGUGAAGAGAAACGAGGCGGAAGUGGAUCUCACAACUGGGGCACCGUGAAGGAUGAACUGAAUGAGCUCGACCAAUCUAACGUCACUGAGGAAAACCCAGAAGGAGAGGAGCAUCCACCUGCUGACUCUGAGAACAAGGAGAAUGAGGCUGAGGAGGUGAAGGAAGAAGGCCCAAAGGAAAUGACUCUGGAUGAGUGGAAGGCCAUGCAGGACAAGGAACGGGCUAAGGUCGAAUUCAACAUCCGCAAAGCCAACGAGGGCGCCGACUGGAACAAGGGAUUUGUGCUCCACAAGUCCAAGGCUGAAGCGAGUGAUAAGAAAGGUGAACUGAUUGAUCCUGAGAUUGAGGAACCCAAGUUAGAGGAUGAGCCUCACUUCCGGAAGCCAGCCAAUGACAUCACAACUCAGCUGGAGAUAAACUUUGGGGAUUUGGGCCGUCCAGGCCGUGGACGCGGAGGCCCUCGCGGCGGCCGGGGGGGCCGUGGUCGAGGGGAAGCCCCGAGGCCGACCCGCGGAGGACGGACUGACCGGGUGUCAUCUGCGUCUGUGCCAAACGUGGACGACCCCGAGGCCUUCCCCGCCCUGGCUUAAGCCGAGCCCUCAGGCCUACAGGAGCCUCCUGAGCACCUCCACUACGAGGCUUGCAUGUUCCUGGAUCCUUCAGCAAAGUGAAACGAUGGAGAAGACUGUCAUAACUGGCACUCGACGUGAGGACUGAGUUUUACCCAAUAAAAACAAAACAUGAUGGAAAAAAAAUGUCAAAAAAAAUACUACAAAAAAAAGAAAAGGACUUCUUGCUACUUCGGAGCAACUUAUUGGUAGAGGUUUUUCUAUUUGGAAUCAAAGUAGCAGGGAUGUUUUCAUACAGUAUUUUUUUCAGAGGUUAUGCAUUGUCCAUUGAAAAAAGUUUUGUAAUUGCUGCUUGAAAAUACGCGUUUUGAAACGUUUAGCAUCGAGCAUCUUUUAGCGUGGUGUGUGCCGACGCUUGCCCGCUUCGGAGCUUCCAGCCAAGCCCGGAAGCUCUGCCACACCCGGAGUUUCAGAUGAAGUUACAGCUUCACUCAUUGAGAUUUAAGUAUUUUUGUUUUCUUUUGUUUUUUUUCCUCUUUAAAUUCGCACUGGGUUAUUUUAUAUUUUAUACAGGAGGUCUAUUCUUGUAUGAUCUUCAGCCUGUAAAUCCUAUUUUCAUAAAUUCUUUCAGAGACUGUAUUUCACAUGGUGCAAAAAGACGCUGAUCUUCGAUCGAGACAUGCUGCCUACAUUAGAACGCGUAGAUGAGAUGGCACAUAAAUCUGACCUUAAGGUUAUUUUGUAUUGAGAUGUUUUAAAAGAGCAACACUUGGUCAUUUUGGAUGAACACGCCGAUGUUAACUGAAACAAACUGAACUAUUCGUCAGGUUUAUUGAUAAGCUGAAAAGAAGUUUUCAUAUGUUCUGAAUUAAUUUUUUUCAUAUUGGGGGUGAUAUUCAUCCAACGUUUCUUCCUCUGAGCCCAUUUCAUCUCGAGUCAUAAGCCAUGUGCAAGUCAGUUACUGCCUUUCUUUUCACUUCGGCUUGAUGAGGAGAGGACGCGUUUUUCCACCGCUGAGAUGUGGCUGGGGACCCCGGGAAGCUCUCAGCCCCUCUCCCACCGUUUCCACACUCCAAUCCAGCAUCCUGCAGAUGUAAACUCAGCCCGGCUUCAGUUUGUGCCAGCAGUCUGUUCUGUGCUGACCUUCUCCUCCACUGUUGACCUGCUCUGUAGCUUCCACAGUGGCACCACUGCAUAAUUGCUCUGAAAGAAAUACAGUUGUCCAUUGUGUGGAACAGCUGAAGUGCUCUACAAAUGUGUGAAUUCCAGCCCUGCUAUUAGACCUCUGUCGGUAAAUAAAGGUGGUCGACAAAUUUUUUUGCACUGUAACCUUGUUUUUCUUUGUUUUGACCAGAUCAGAACACAUUCCCAUUGACAACUAAAUAUUACUAUAGAUUCUCAGAUGAAGUUUUGUACCAUUUUGAAGGCCAAUAGCAAGAAUCCAGGAAUAUACAUGCAUGCCCCUCCUACAUUUAUUAACUUUUUGGAUUAUAGGAUCAUUUGAAAGGGUACUUAAAUAAAAUGCAAACUGUUGUAGAACGGCUCUCUUAGUCUUUAAAAAGCAAAUUCAUUUGAAAACAUUUGGGAUGCUGAACCAUCUCCCCCUGUCACUCGGACUUUGGAAUGAAUUUAAGGCUUUUAUUCGAGCCACUGGUGGAUGUUGUCCACAGGACGAUGAACGGUUUCACUGGACCAGGCUGUGUGAGGUUCUAACCUAAGUGUAUGAGGUGGCAUUAAAUCAGGAGUGGGACACUGGAUUAAAUCUGAAUGAGAUGGAUAAAGCAGGGAAACCUUAAAAGGCACAUCCACAUCCAGCUGUAUAUAUAUCAAAUUAC